AUGACGAAGCCUGAAAUCCCUAGCAAAGCGAAACUGAAAGACAUUUCAAAAACUACUUCAAGAAAAAACUCCAAGGAAAAAACCUUAAUGAUAUCACUGAAAUGUCAAAAGCCAAAAUUACUAAUGACACCAAAACACGAAGCCUGGAAUCCCCAGCAAAGCAAAACUGAAAGACAUUCUGAAAACUACUUAAAGUAA